AUGGAGGCGGUUUCCGCGGCAGCGAACAUCAUUGCCGUCCUCCAGCUCGUGGAAAGGAUUACAUUACUUUGCUCCCGAUAUGUCAAGGCCGUCAAAGGUGCAAAAAGCGACAUCGAACGCCUGCAGCGCGAGCUUGAAGGUCUUAGGCACGUCCUGAAUGGCGUGCACCAACUUGUUCAAGGCCCAAGCGGGGCACGGCUUGAAACAUCGCAGCUCUUGAUGCCGGCGCUCCAGCGGUGCUUCACGGAACUAGACGGGCUGGGAAACACCUUGGAGCAACCUUUGGCACCCGGGAAACGUGGGCGGUUGCUGAUGCGUUUUGGGCUCCGCGACCUUAAGUGGCCGUUCCAGAGCGCCCAGAUUGACCGGACCGUUGAAUCCCUCACCAAGUUCCGGGAUACGUUUUCCGCUGCUCUUAACCUGGACCAGACACGGCUCCUUUCUAAACAUCUCGAGCGUGUGGAGGAUGAAGAGUGCCGCGAAAUUCUAGAAUGGGUGUCCCCGAUCCCUUAUGGAAAACAGCAUGAUACGGUGAAAGAGGCCCGGACCCCCGACACAUGUGAAUGGCUCUUACAGCACAAGAAGUUUGGGGACUGGAACACCUCAAGCUCGUCUGUGAUUCUGUGGCUACAAGGUUCCCCUGGUGCCGGGAAAACGUUUCUUACUUCCAAAGUCAUUGACCAUGUUUUGAGCUCGAUUGAGAGGUCGCCGGGCGGGGAUGGAUUUGCGUUCUUCUACUGCAAUCGUAAUGAAGAGAACCGCCGGAAGCCGCUUUCAGUGCUUCGAAGUUUUGUGCGCCAGCUGGCUACAGCACCAGGUUACCCAAAGGAGAUACAAAGGAAGCUACGGGAGAUGUGGAGGGAUAGGGCGACGCAUGGGUCAGAACUCGGUAUCGCCAAUUGUCGAGUCCAGUUGCUGGAGUCGGUGAAUUUGUUCCCGAGGACCACCCUCAUACUCGACGCUUUAGAUGAGUGUGAGCCUAGUUCACGUUCUGAGCUUAUCAGCACCAUCGAGUUUCUGCUUUCAAAAUCCAACAAUGCGCUCAGGGUAUUUAUAUCAAGUCGCCCGGACCGAGAUAUCCGACGCCAAUUCGCCGAUAAGCCUAAUAUUGAGAUUCAAGCAAGGCAUAAUGAAGGCGACAUCACAAAGUUUGUCCAGGGGGAAGUCAUGAAACACGGCAACUGGAAGGGCAUGUCUCAGACGUUACAAAACGAAAUCGUGCACACUCUUCUUCAACGUAGCGAAGGAAUGUUCCAGUGGGUGUUUCUGCAGACUCAGCAGCUUCUCGAACUCGAAACGGAACCCGCCAUCCGCGACCGGUUGGGGAAGAUACCCCCUACCCUUGAAGCAACGUACGAUGAGAUAUACAGUAAAAUACAAGCCCGGAAUCACCAUGAUCGAAUCUUAGCGGACCGCGCCUUUCAGUGGGUAAUGUGUGCUAGCACGCCUUUCACCAGCGUCGAACUUUUAUCCGCGAUCCGAUUGGGUUCCGAAAGCGAUGUUUUUAGUCUAGAGCCCGAGAUUACCGAGUCCCAGCUGCUUCACCUCUGCAACCACUUGCUUCUCAUUGACAGCCUGCGAGGCGUCUGGAGGUUCUCCCACCUGUCAGUAGUGGAAUAUUUCGAAAAGACCCGAUGGAGUCUCCGCCAGGUACAUUACCACGCGGCCGUGGUUUCCCUCAAGCUGUUGCUUGAGACGUACGACGACGCGAGAUGCGGCGACCCAGAGCCACAUGAUCAGAAGCCAGAUGUCGCCCUGGAAGUUGAGGCGGAAGAUGAUGCGCCUGACAUACUCCAUCCGCGCCACCCCUUUCAAAACUAUGUACACGGUCACCUCCUGCUACACGCCCAGGCCCAGAGAGAGUGGGAAGAACACGAAGCGGAACUGAAACCAGAAUUCGCUAAAUUGCUCAAGGCCUUUCUUGGCCCCCCGAACAAUAGCAGCUCCCAGUACCGACGGUGGCAUCGGCAAAUGGCGACAAAGGGACAGAGUGCAUGGCUACCUGGUUUUCGCGGUGCUACCAUAAAAAACAUUUCCCCCGAGGAUUUCAAUGUGUUGGCGGCGUGUUACGGCUCCGUUAGCACCGCAAUACACGAUUGGUGGGCAAAUGCUCCCGUUUUGGAUUCGGUUGAGAACGAAGUGGGCGAGAAUCUCCUCCUCAUUGCGGCCGAAGGGGGGGACAUACCCAUGGUUAAAGUUCUUCUCGACCAUGGGAUCGCAAUUAACGGACUCGCUAGCUGCGCGCGGGGCCACGCGCUUGCUGCCACAGCCUCCAAGGGGGACCUUGAGAUGGUUAAGUUUCUGGUCAGUCGCGGAGCGGAUGUUAAGCUGCAACUCAAGGCUGGCGAUUGUGGCAGUGCCCUGACGGCGGCGGCUCUCCAAGGAAACUUGGAUGUUAUUCAGUUCCUCAUCGAGCAGGGGGUGGAUAUCAACGUGGAGGACCAGCAUGGGCAGUACGGUAGUGCCCUUGUGGCAGCCAGCGCCCGGAAGGAUACCGAGGCCCUUCAGCUCCUGACCCAGCAUUCCCCCAACAUUAACUUGCCUCUCCGGUGUGGCUACUACGGGAGCGCCCUUGCGGCCGCAUCGAACUUGGGUAGGACUGAAGCUGUCCAGCUUUUACUCCAGGGCGGGGCAGACGCCAACAUGCAGGUCCGGGGCCGCUGGUACGGGAGUGCUCUGUGUGCAGCGGCAGCUGGCGGAAAGAUUGAAGAGAUUGGGAUCUUGAUUCAACACGGGGCGGAUGUCAAUAUGCAGGUUCGACAUGGGAGGCAUGGGAGUGCGCUCGCGGCCGCAGCGUCUCAGUCAAAUACCGAUACUGUCGACUUCUUAAUCCAACAGGGCGCGGAUGUCAACAUGAAGCUGCGGUACGGGCCAAAUGGCUGCGCGCUCGCGGCGGCGGUUGUUCGAGGACACCACGGAAUUGUCCAGUUUCUAGUCGACCAGGGGGCGGACUUCUGUACAUAA